UCUGUUUCGCUAGUAUCUCUAAUUUUUACGAAUGUGUACUAAUUCGAAUUGUUUUAGAAUUAAGAUGUAAAUAUAACAGCUAUAGCAUCACGGCAAUUCUUGAAGUUCUUCAACAUUUGAAUGUGAUAGGACAGAUCUCUUAUUAUGAAGCAGAAAUAUUUAUACAGUAUUUGUUUUCUCUUGGUUUUCGAUUGCAGAGCAGCAAACUGUAAAGAAUCACCAAAAAUAACUCCAAUGUAUUUUGCUCCAAUGAUUUAUAUGGGAGGCAAAGCUUCUGUUGCCUGUUUAAUGAGUGGAGGUGCAACUCCUAUAAAGUUUUCGUGGUUUAAAAAUCACAAAGAAGUUAGUCACGAUUCUUCCAAGAUUGAAGUUUCAAAUCUGAAAGAUGCCAGCAUUCUCACUAUAGAGCCAGUCAGUUUAGAUGAUGCCGGAAAUUACUCGUGCUUUGCUAGAAACGCAUUUGGAAAUGAUUCGGCUACAGCAACUCUGGUUGUCGAAG